UAGCGCCCUCACCAAAUCACUUCAAAAGCACAGUGAGAAACCCGACUGUCUAGUAUUCAAAAUGGCGACAAGCGAAAGUUCUGAAGAUUCGCUCUAUCCAAUUGCUGUUCUAAUUGAUGAACUUCGUAAUGAAGAUGUUCAGCUUCGUUUAAACAGCAUAAAGAAACUUUCCACCAUAGCACUAGCUCUUGGGGUCGAGAGAACAAGGAGUGAGCUUAUCCCCUUUCUUACAGACACGAUCUACGAUGAGGACGAAGUCUUGCUGGCGUUGGCUGAGCAACUUGGCACAUUUACGCAGCUUGUCGGUGGACCUGAGCAUGUGGCCUGUCUACUACCACCAUUGGAAAGUCUUGCAACAGUUGAAGAGACUGUGGUAAGAGACAAAGCAGUGGAGUCUCUGCGCAAACUAUCAGAAGAACAUUCUAAGGCGGACAUGGAGAAUCUCUUUGUAGCCUUGGUAAAGCGUCUCGCUGCCGGUGAUUGGUUCACAUCCCGUACAUCGGCGUGUGGACUCUUCAGCGUCAGUUACCAAAAGUGUUCACCUGCAAUUAGACAAGAUCUACGAAGUCAUUUCCGUAAUCUGUGCAGCGAUGACACCCCAAUGGUACGAAGAGCAGCUGCUGGAAAAUUAGGCGAGCUUGUCAAGGUCACGGAGAUAGAGCAUGUGAAGGGCGACCUUAUACCUAUGUUUGUGAAUUUAGCUGGUGACGAGCAGGACUCAGUAAGGUUGUUAGCAGUUGAGGCAUGUGUAGCCAUCGCUGGAUUAUUAACAGAUGAAGAUAAAGAGAACCUUAUUAUGCCCACCCUGAGGGAGUGCGCCGGAGACAAGUCGUGGAGGGUGCGUUACAUGGUAGCCGACAAGUUCACAGAGGUGAUGAUCGGAAUCCAGCAACUGUCACAGUCAUUACUACCAGCUAUAGUGGAAUUAGCAGAGGACAGUAAGUGGAGGGUGCGGCUGGCCAUCAUCGAGUACAUGCCGUUAUUGGCAGGACAACUAGGUGUUGAGUUCUUUGAUGAGAAACUUAACGCUCUCUGUAUGACAUGGCUCCUCGAUCAUGUCUAUGCUAUCCGUGAAGCUGCGACCAAUAACCUGAAAAAAUUAGUUGAGAAGUUUGGAGCUGAUUGGGCACAAUUACAAGUCAUUCCCAAGAUCCUUAGCAUGGCCCGCGAUUCUAAUUACUUACACCGCAUGACAUGCUUAUUCUGUAUCAAUGUAUUAGCAAACGUCUGCGGCGGCCAGGUCACUUCUAAGAGCCUGAUUCCAGUCGUCGUUAGUCUAGCCAAUGACAAUGUGGCAAAUGUACGUUUUAAUGUCGCAAAAACAAUUUCAACAGUUUCACCUCUCCUAGAAGCCAGUUGUCUGCAAACUCAAAUAAAGCCGGUGUUGGAAAAGCUUAAUACAGAUACUGAUAUAGACGUCAAGUACUUUGCACAGGAAGCCAUGUCAUGUUUAAACUGAGACCAUCCUGACCGUGCAAAUAACAAAUGAUCUCAUUAUCCGAUUAAUUGUGGAUAAUACUUGUCCUGACACUGUCUGUUGGUGAUCCUGUCUUUUUUCACUUCUUAUUUCAUACAUACUGUAUAUUAUAUAUAUUCUUACAGCUAGGCCUCAACAGGACAAGAGUUUAGAGCUUGCUUUAUGAAUUGAUAAGCACUCAUUGAAGUUUAAUUAGAGCUUAUCAAGGUAGUAGUGAUUUAACUAUGAUGGGUGAUGAAGAAGAUGAUGACAAUGAUCUUAAAUCAAGAUUAUCGCAAUAUGAUUGCUGCCCUCUUACGGUCAACUGUGACAAGAUAUUCUUUGUUGUUCAUAGAGGGCACCCUAUUUUUAAGGUAUCCCUUAUGGAUAGUUUUGAACAUGUGUUAUUUAGAUUUUGGCCCUCAUCACCUCAACCCCCGAUAUUAGGUUCUAUAAUCACUAUAUUUUGUAACCACUUAAAUAUCUGCAUAAGUCGAAGAAUGCUUUUGGCUAAGACAACAAAAAUAUUUUGUUCUAAUCAAAGGGGUUAAUAUUUGGACAUUAAUUUAAGGUGCAAGGUGUUUCAGUGGGUUUAUUACAUAAGUCUGGGCCUCUGCUAUGUAAGAGGCAUUAUGUGUUAUGUAUGGAUGGUCUAGCAAGUUGAUUCUUAAUCUGCACGGAUUAUAGUUAAGUUGAGUGCUAAAGUCGAAGGCCUAGCUCUAAGCAUUCUUCACCCACAUCUGUACAUUACAAUGGCACAUGUUUUAUAGGAUGGUCGACUGUAAAUUAAAUUGUCAAGGUGGUUAAUUGUAGACUUUGUGUGGUUGCUGUCUGGUUAGCACGUAAUGGGUAACGGGGUCAUCCACAUAUCAGACUGUGCUUCAUUCUGUAACAUUCAAAAUAUGAGGGAGUAUCAUGUAAUCGUAUUGGAUUAUAUACAACUAACUAGAUAGCCACACAUUAAAUUUAAUUUUUAUGUUCUCUAUAACGGAUUUUAUACAGCCAAAAUACAUGUUUCUUUGUACCAUCAUGCAUCAUAUACUUAAUAUGGACUGAUUGUUGCUAUAGAAAUUUCAACUUGGAAUUUAAACUACCACUCUAUAAGUAUAGCUAGAAUCAUUUCAUACUUCACACACACACAUAUAUAUAUAUAUACACACCUGUAUUCCUAGAUUUAAAGAAAUAAUGAAUUACUGUUGAUUUAUUACAGAAUGCAUUGAUGUAGCUUACAUAAUGAAAUCAUUGUUGUCCUUAUUGUUUUUACAAAGGUACAGGUGACAUUUUGGGGUUUUAAAGAAAAAUUGAAAUGACCCAGAUUUUUUAUUGGUAAUCUCAAUGGGUUAUUGUUGUGAUUAUAAGCAAAUUAGGAUACAAUACAACCUUAUACUGCCUGAAAUCAUUUACUACAGGUGUUUAUUAAACUUUAUUUUCAGAUGGGGCUCAUUCAUCAAAUCGGGUCAUCACAAGUAAUCACACCCCCCCCCACACACACACACACACAUACAUAUACACUAUGAAAUGCAGUGCCAAAACAACAAAUUAAAAUGUCAAAAACUUAAUUAUAUCAAAAGAUAGUUCCCAAAACUUUCCUUACAACCAUUAAAGUGUAAAUAAGAUAUUUAAAACAAAUAUUCAGUAUUGAAAAAAAAUUCCCCACCCGACUUCUGUGUUAUUGAUGGUAGUGUUUGUUGGUUGUAAAAUAACAGGAUUAUAUUUCAAUAACUUACAUGGUGAAAGUGCUUGUGUCCCUAACAAAUACUUAGAAUCUAAAUCUCUCUCCACAUUGUUGUAUGCCUAUAUACGGUCAUGAUGUGAUGUCAUCAUGAUCACAUUUAGGUAAAAUAUGUGAAAUGAUUCAUGGUAGAUUAUUGCAAGUGUGAAUGUUUACUUAUUUGACACUUGCAUACAUAUUUCAACAUUUAGCUUGUCAGCAUGUACAUGUUGGGCAUGUUACCUCAAAGAUAGUAGUAGAGAAGUUACCAAGACUUGUCUCUACUUUUGUAAUCCUAUAGUAGAAACAAGAGUUACUGUACAUUGUAGCUGAACAAAAUGAAAUUGAUUUGUCAAUACUGAUGGUAUUUUCUUUGGUAAUUUCCAUCAAAAAUGUCAUGUUAAUGUAAUGUAUAUUUGCUUCCCAUAAAACUACUGGGAUGUUUACAAAUCCAAAAGAUUAUUGAUAGUAUUGUUAAAAGUCAAUCAUAAUUUAUAUAUUGUUUUUUAUCUUGUGUUGUAAUGAAUUGUUUGAUGUGAUAAAACAACGCAAGUUUACAGUCAUCGUGCGCUUGAUAGUUUGAUUCUGUUUUUCUUUCCUCCGAAGGUCCCUUUUAGAUUUCAUUUUGUGAGUAAAGUGUUCGCCUAUAGCUUGUACAUGUACUGUAUCACGAUCCAUUUGAACAUUAAAUGUUAUGUACAAGACUAGCAAUACA